CGGUCCACACUCCAUUACAGUAGGUGGCGGUAAUGCACACCAGAAGGUUGCUUGCCAACCGCCAUAAAAACAAAAGAAGGAGAAGAAGAAGAAGAAGUUUCUCGUUAAGUUCUCAACUGCCGCCAUCCUCUGUGGAGACCUCCAACUGGUGGAAUCAUGGUUCAAGCCAAGACGUGGAUACUGACCAAACAUUUUGAGGGCUUCCCCAAGGAAAGCAACUUCCAACUCAAAGUAGUAGAUCUCCCCGAGCCGAAAGAUGGAGAGGUGCUAUUGGAAGCAUUGUUUCUCAGCGUUGACCCUUACAUGAGGCCGUUCAGCCGUGUCCGCAUGAAAGAAGGAGAUGUGAUGAUCGGAACUCAAGUGGCCAAGAAACAAACUGUCCAAAUGCUGGUGGCUGACUCAUCGGGCUGCAGCUGGAAUGUUUUUGAUUUGUCAUUCAGGGGAUUUUUCCAGAGAACUUCUUAUACUGCAGGGGUUUUUUUUUUUUUUGUCUGUAGAGUGGUCCAAAGCAAAAAUGCCGUGUUUCCUGUCGGGAUGCAUGUGGUUGGUCGUAGUGGAUGGCGAAGCCACACAAUCUCUGAUUGCUCCGACCUCGUCCCCGUCAUGCCUGACUGGCCUAAGGAUGUCUCACUGUCCUUGGCUCUGGGCAUCAUCGGCAUGCCCGGAUUGACGGCUCUGUAUGGACUGGAAGAAGUCCUUGAACUGAAGGCGGGCGAAACCUUGCUGGUGAACGCAGCGGCAGGGGCGGUGGGCUCAGUGGUGGGGCAGAUUGCCAAGAUUAAGGGCUGCAAAGUGGUGGGCUCGGCCGGGUCCGACGCCAAGGUGGCUUUCCUCAAAGAACUGGGCUUCAACGAGACCAUCAACUACAAAACUGUGGGCUCCUUGGAGGAGGCUCUGAGGAAGGCCGCUCCCGACGGAUACGACUGCUUCUUUGAAAACGUGGGAGGCCCCUUCUCAAGUGUGGCCAUAGCCCAGAUGAAACCUUUUGGGAGGAUUGCUGUGUGUGGAAGUAUAUCUACGUACAAUGACACUGAUCCUCAGACUGGACCAUUUCCACACAUGACCAUGAUUGUCAAGCAGCUCAAGAUGGAGGGUUUCAUGCAGAGCAGAUGGGAAAAAAAGAACCCGGAAUCCCUCAGGAGGCUGAUGGGAUGGCUGAAACAGGGCAAACUGCAGAAUCGGGAGCACAUCACAAAGGGCUUUGAAAACAUGCCGGCCGCUUUUAUGGGGAUGCUGCAAGGAGAAAACACCGGCAAGACGAUUGUGGAAGUCUAAUGCGGAACACAAGAACCAUAAAGAUGAACAGUAUUAAUCAUUGUAUGAAGGACUACUAACCAACAUAAUGUUAUCAUAUGCUUUUUAUCGUCUUCCAUUUCUAUUGGCCUUUUUUUAAUAUGAAUAUAAAACAAACCUUUGCAUGGCCGAGCUUGUUUGAUCUGGAAAUUUUCAAGCCUGUAAUUUGAGACUGAUUUGAAUUUCACUGAGCUGCGGAGAUGAGAGCAUCGUCGCUAUAGUUACAAGAGAUGCAGUUUAGCUGCUAUUGUGCCCGAUUACAGCUGAGUGGAGCAGCACAAUCUGCUCCACACAUGUUGUGCUGUGGAAACUAUUAAUUUAAAGUAUCAAAAUCAAUCUAUACAGUAUAUUUUAAAUUUCCAAUAAAAUUACUUCAAUAAAA